ACUAACUGCUGAACGGACUCUUUUCGUAAGUCAAAAUCCAAACAAACCAACCGAACCAAAAGCAGACGGAAAAACCGACAAACAAAAAAUAACUUAACUGUUUUGGUUUUCCAUUUCUUCGACAAGAAAAAUCCUCGAUUAAAAAUUUGUAAUAUUCAAAAUGAGUGUGAUGAAUCCAACUGAUUGGGACGAUACACUCUUGGUCAAGGCCUACGAAAGCUCUCUUAAAUUGGCCCAAGAAGAAUUGGCACGCCGCAUCGCACGAGCAACGAAUGGCAAGAAAACACCAUCAAAUUCCCUUAAAGAAACGGCUGCUUCUGCCACUGCUGAACAAGAGCCCACUGCGUGCACAUCCAAUUCCAAGCCAUACGAUGACGAAAAUCCAAGUUUUAUUAUCGGUGACUAUGCCAGAGCAACAUAUGACGAUGGAGUCGACUAUGAGGGAAAGAUUAUUGCCAUGAACGAAGAGCAAGGGACUUGUCGAAUUUGCUAUAUUGGCUACGAGAAUGAGCAAGAAGUUCGCAUCUGCGAUUUGGUUCCAUCGUGGGGAAAGAAAGCCCGUCGUAUGCAGUACAAUCGGGCUAAACAAGAAUCGGAAACAAACGAGGCUGCACCUAGCGGCAGCGACCAUAAGAAAACCAACAAACCGCAGUUUCCCAUGGCUCCCAAUGGAUUUCCCAUUGGAGCCAUUCCUCCCCCACCACCUAUGCCUCCGAUGCUAGGUCAAGGACAGUGCGAAAACUCAGAACACCUCUCUGCCAUGUUGAUGUCCUGGUAUAUGAGUGGUUAUUAUACAGGAAUAUAUCAGGGCAUGCAAAUGGCCAAAACAAAUUCCAAGCAGCAGAAGAAGUAGUCCCUCAUUCGUUACUAAUGUUUUAUUAUUUCAUUGUAUAAUUAAAAAAAAAAAGUUCUAAAUAAAAAACAAACAAAAUAUAAUUGAA